GUUCAGUGGCGACGCGUCAUAAAAAAAGAAGAAAGCAGUGAAAGGAAGAUCCAAGAAAAGAAGGGAAUUAAAAAGAAAGCAGAGAAAAAGGUAUAUUCAAAAAAGAAAGCAGAGGAAAAAGUUGAUUUAAAAAAGAAAAAGAAAAAUACAGAGAUCACAAAAAGUCUGAGAAAGAACGAGAUAAAAAAUUCUGAAAACAGAGAAUAA